UGCAUGCCUAUGAGCGAAGAGAAUAGAAUCAUGCCUCUAAUUCUUUGGUGACUAUGAAUCGCCAUCAGCCAACCAUCGCCCGACCUCAUAGCUUGAGACAGCUGCCCCACCAAGAUUUAUUACCCCUCUACCCCUCCAUCACAGCAGGGUCAGCUCAUCAUCACCUGCGUCUUUUACCUGCUAUCCACACCUCCCACGAUAAAACUGCCCUUCACCUCAUUUUCCCGUCUAAGAGCUUUGCUUCCAACUCAAUUGGCUAGUAGAACCAUCAAGAUGUCUCUGGCGAACAAGCUCUCGAUUGAGAACGUCGACCUCAAGGGCAAGCGGGUCCUCAUCCGGGUCGACUUCAACGUUCCUCUCGAUGCCGACAAGAAGGUCACCAACCCCCAGCGCAUCGUCGGCGCCGUCCCCACCAUCAAGUAUGCCAUCGACAAUGGCGCCAAGGCCGUCGUCCUCAUGUCCCACCUCGGCCGUCCCGAUGGCAAGGCGAACCCCAAGUACUCGCUAAAGCCGGUCGUACCAGAGCUCGAGAAGCUGCUGGGGAAGAGCGUGACCUUCGCGCCCGACUGCGUCGGCCCUGAGGUCGAGGAGAUCGUCAACAAGGCGGACAAUGGUCAGGUUGUCCUGCUCGAGAACUUGCGCUUCCACAUCGAGGAGGAGGGCAAGGGCACCGAUGCCGAGGGCAACAAGAUCAAGGCGGACAAGGCCAAGGUGGAAGAGUUCCGGAAGGGGCUGACCAAGCUUGGCGAUAUCUACAUCAACGAUGCCUUUGGCACAGCGCACCGCGCCCACUCCUCCAUGGUCGGCGUCGACCUCCCGCAGAAGGCGGCGGGCUUCCUCAUGAAGAAGGAGCUUGACUACUUCGCCCAGGCCCUCGAAUCCCCACAGCGUCCCUUCCUGGCCAUCCUGGGCGGCGCCAAGGUGUCAGACAAGAUCCAGCUGAUCGACAACCUGCUUGACAAGGUCAACACGCUGAUCAUCUGCGGCGGCAUGGCCUUCACUUUCAAGAAGGUGCUGGACGGCAUGUCGAUUGGGACGUCGCUCUUUGACGAGGCCGGCUCCAAGACGGUGGGCAACCUGAUGGAGAAGGCUAAGAAGAACGGCGUCAAGGUGGUGCUGCCCGUCGACUUCAUCACGGCCGACAAGUUCGACAAGGACGCCAACACGGGUAAGGCGACCGACAAGGAGGGCAUCCCCGACGGCUGGAUGGGCCUGGACUGCGCCGAGGAGUCGGUCAAGCUGUUCAAGCAGGCCAUCGACGAGGCCCAGACCAUCCUGUGGAAUGGCCCCGCUGGUGUCUUCGAGUUUGACAAGUUCGCUUCCGGCACCAAGGCCAUGCUUGACGCGGCCGUUGCGGCCGCCCAGAACGCCAAGAUCGUCAUCAUCGGCGGUGGUGACACGGCCACUGUUGCGGCCAAGUACGGUGUCGAGGACAAGCUCAGCCAUGUCUCCACCGGCGGCGGUGCCAGCUUGGAGCUCCUUGAGGGCAAGGCGCUGCCGGGUGUUGUUGCAUUGAGCGAGCGCCCGUAGGUGUUGAUCUCCUGGAGAACAAGGGGGCACUCAUGGUAAUGAAACUAGGAGGUCGUUGCUGUGAAUGAUGGACAAAUCUACCACGACAAGU